AUGGCAAAGAAGAUAUCGAAGCACUCACGUGCUGCCCGCCGUGGAGAAGUCGACGUUUCCACAGGCGAAGCAAGAGAUUUGGAGAAAGUCCCUCGUCUCGAAAAGACAGAUACUAUUGGUCCGAUGAUCCGUGCCUCUGCUUCUAAAAACGAAUCUUUAUUACGUCAAAAGAUGGAGAAGAAAGCCGCAAAAUCGAGUGGUGCCAAAGCCAAAGCGUCUGCUAUUUCCAAAGCCGUUAAGACAAGAAGAAAAAAGGCCUUAAUUAUCGAUGGAAGGUUGGGCUCCAAGAUUGAAGCCAGUAUUAAUAGAGCCAAAGAGAUCAAGUCUACUAGAAAGUCGGGUUGGGACGCAAUUAAUAAGGACGCAAGAGCAUCUGUUAAAGGACAAUCUACUCCUGACAACAAGAAAAAUGGUGCCGACCAUUAUGAGUCGGAUCAAAGUGAUUGGGAGGAUAUGGAUGAAGAGGAAGAUGAGCCUAAGGCUCCUCUUGCUACCAACGCAUUUAGUGUGCUUGAAGAGGUGGAAGCAUGA